AUGACCAUUGAUUAUGUUGAAUCUACCGAAUUUGCAAGUUCAUCAGCCAAAAAUGUAAAACCAAAGAUCCGUAUCAUAGAUCCUUUUGAAAUAAUGGAUCCUGAUACAUACAUAAGGUGGAUGAUAAUUUGUUUUUCUGAUAUAAUAACCAAACCUCAAACAAAUGGCCUAACAAAGUUGGCAGUUGUAAAACCGUCAACAAGUGGACGAAAACCAUCUUUACCUAGAAUUAAAGUAAAUGGAUUUAAACGCCAUUUAAAUGACAAAAAUCAUUUUAGAGGGAAUUUAAUUGAAAUUGAAAAAUUGUAUAAACGGUAUUUUAGCAAAUCUGUACAAGGUACUUUAGUGACCAUUGCAAAUAUACUAAAUGCAAUUUAA